UUCUGCCGCUGCCGCCGGGGAUGUGCGGCGAGGGCCCGGGCCCUCCUGGCAGACGGAAGAGCUGAUUAACCGGGGAGGGGAAGAUGGCGUCUCCGGCGGGGUCGGUGGCUUCCUCCCGCAGCUGCUCUCGGAUAGGAGGCGGGAGGCGACACUGCCUGUGGCGGCGUGCUGGUCCUUUCCUUUACUGGGUGCCGGUCCUCUUCAUCUGCAGCAUCCUGGCCUGGUCUUACUAUGCCUACGUCGCCCAGCUCUGUCUGCUAACAAUAUCAAAUAUUGGAGAAAAAAUGGUGUGCCUGAUUGCGUAUCAUCUAUUUUUCAUGAUGUUUUUGUGGUCUUACUGGAAAACAAUCUUUACAUUACCAAUGAAUCCUUCCAAAGAAUUCCAUCUGAGCUAUUCAGAUAAAGAAUUGAUGGAAAGAGAACCUAGAAAUGAAAUCCAUCAAGAAGUGUUGAAGAGGGCAGCCAAAGACCUCCCUAUAAGUACAAGAACAAUGUCUGGAGCAAUCAGAUAUUGUGAUAGAUGCCAACUUAUAAAACCAGAUCGUUGCCAUCACUGUUCUGCCUGUGAUAAAUGUAUUUUGAAAAUGGAUCAUCACUGUCCCUGGGUGAACAACUGCGUUGGAUUCUCAAAUUAUAAGUUUUUCCUUCUAUUCUUGGCUUACUCUCUAUUAUACUGCCUUUUCAUCUUUGCGACUGAGUUACAGCAUUUUAUUAGAUUCUGGACAAAUGGCCUUCCUGAUACUCAAGCCAAAUUCCAUAUUAUGUUUUUGUUCUUUGCAGCAGCUAUGUUUUCAAUUAGCUUAUCUUCUCUCUUUGGUUAUCAUUGUUGGUUAGUCAGUAAAAAUAAAUCAACUUUAGAGGCCUUCCGAGCACCUGUUUUUCGACAUGGAACAGAUAAAAAUGGGUUUAAUUUGGGCUUCAGCAAAAACCUAAGGGAAGUCUUUGGAGAUGAGAAAAAGUACUGGCUAUUGCCAAUUUUUACCAGCCUAGGAGAUGGAUGCUCUUUUCCUACCUGUCUUGUUAACCAAGAUCUUGAACAAGCUUCCACUCCUGCAGGACACAAUGCAAAUAAAAAUGAGAAUAGUCAUCAUUUUCCGGCUAAGACAUUACGAGAUUCUAAGAGCCACCUUCUUACUGAUCCUCAAUCUUGGACAGAAACUAGUGCAGAUACUGAAAAGAACAAACUGGGUAUGAGCAAUCCUGCAUUAUCUAUGGAAAAUGAAACCUAGUUUUGCAAGGAAAGAAAACAAAAUUGGGUCUUAUAAACAGCACAGUUGAUGAAAGGAUGAAGAAUUCAUCCACUACAUCACCAUUCAUCAACCAGAUAUUCAGUCCACUGCUACAUGGAUGCGCUCAGAAAAAUUUCAAGGCCUGAUUAGCUGUCUCUGCAUCACUUGAAAUAUCUGUUGACACCACUUGAAUAUCAUAAAAAUAAUGGUUUGGCUAACAUAGAAUAUGGUUACAAUGCAAAAUGUAAGUCUUGAAAAUGACACAUUGGGAAUGUGGAAAAUCUUAAUUUAUACAGGACAACUGUAUAAUCUAUUAGAGAUUAUAGGCGUGGUUUUGCAUUGAUAUUUAUAGCUCAAGUGAGCAUAAACUUAUAUAAUCUAAACAUGCUC